CAGUGAGGGUUAACCAUCAAAUUUGCAGUGAGGCAGAUGAGAAGAGGCCACAGCCAGAACUGAACGACUAGAUUAAAGCCAUCAUUUAGAAUCAGGAGUGAGCUUGACCAAGACAACAUUACAGAAGGAGCCACAGCUUUCCCUGAGACUCUGGAAGAAGAGCACUUGUCGUCGGCCUUUGACUCGCUCUGACAAGCAGCCAUGGGUUCCUGGUUGGGGAACACCGUCACUAACUUCUUCACCUACGAGACCACCAAGUCUGUGGUGGUCAAAAGCUGGUCUGUGGGAAUCAUCAACCGGAUCGUACAGCUGCUCAUCAUCACAUAUUUUGUCGGCUGGGUCUUCAUUCACGAGAAGGCUUAUCAGUCCAUUGACACCGGCAUCGAGUCCUCCGUGAUGACCAAGGUGAAAGGUUUUGGUUACCAUCAAGACCGUAUAAUGGAUGUGGCCGACUACGUCUAUCCCCCACAGGGCGCAGGGGUGUUCUGCAUCAUGACCAAACUCAUCAUCACUGAAAAGCAGUUCCAGGGAAAAUGUGAGGAGACUGGCAAUUUUAAAUGUAAUUCGAGUAAAGACUGCGACAAGUAUUUUGGGUCCAUCCUUUCCAAUGGAGUGAUAACAGGUAUUUGCCUCAAAUCUGACAACAAGACGGAGGGUCGGUGCGAGAUUGAAGCAUGGUGUCCAGCCGAGAACGACAGAGUCACCAUAGACCGGAUCCUUGAUGUGAGGAACUUCACCAUUUUCAUCAAAAACAGUAUUCGCUUUCCCCUCUUCAAUGUCACCAGAGGGAACUUUCCCAGCACAAUGACGUCCUCGGAGAUUAGGCGCUGCAAGUACCAUCCAGAGACAAACCCCUACUGUCCCAUCUUUCGGGUCGGGGACGUGCUGAAUUACACAGACCAGACUCCGGAGAGCCUGACACAAAAUGGUGGGGAAAUAGGAAUAAACAUUCAAUGGCAGUGUAACCUGGACCUGGACAUCGAAUUGUGUGUGCCUAAGUACUCAUUCACACGCCUGGACGCACCAUUUGCCAAGAACCGCAUCUCCAAAGGAUACAACUUCAGAUUUGCCAAAUAUUUCAUGACAGAGAAUGGGACUGAGUUUCGGACACUUCACAAAGCCUACGCAAUCCGCUUCGAUGUCAUGGUCACGGGCACGGCAGGAAAGUUUGACACAGUCCCAACACUGAUCAACUUGGUUGCUGCCUUCACCUCUAUUGGACUGGGUACGGUACUCUGUGAUAUUAUCUUGCUGAACUGCCUGAAAGGGGCGAAGCAGUACAAAGCCAAGAAAUUUGAAGAGGUGUCAGACGCUCAGAUCGAAGCAUCCAUGGCUCAGAGCCCCGGCAGCCAGCUGUCACUCAAACCAGGCCUCAAGAGCUCCUACGACUCCGGAGCCGUUUCCCUCGCGGCCUCCGACCAACCCAUGUGAGUGACGACAAUGACGAAAGCCAUCUGAAGAAAUAGACAUUCCUCUUUUUCCUCUGUUUCUCUUUAACAAACAGAAUCAUGAAUCGAGACAGAAUCGUUAUGCUUUUUAUUCUGGAUGUCGGGAUCCUGCCAAGAUUUAGUUUAUGGAACUGGGAAAGGAGAACAGCUUUGCGUGGAGCUUCACAAUUUCACAACAUCGAAGCGGCGUCAGAAGAAAAAGGAACAAUGGACUUGUCGCCUAUAAGAGUAACAGGCACCAAACCAAUUAGCAAAACAAAAGAAUUCAAAUCAGAUGGAAACCUAUGGUAAUACAAAUAACAUUUUAUUAUAAGCAGUUUAAUUAUUCAGUAAAUAUCCAUUAAUAAAUUGUAACAACAUGAUUAAGCGAACUUGUAUUAAAGCUGAAUUUACCUGCCUCUGUUUUCAGUUAGCUGUAUUCGAUAUGAAAAACAAUGCGGAAAAUAAAACACGUAGGACAAUAAUGUGGGGUUAUUUCUUUUUGUAGUCAUGUUCACACAAACAACGACUCCCUUUCCUUUGUUUUCUUCCUGCACAAAUAAAAACACUGAAGGCUGUAAUGGUGUAAAGAAUGUAUGUGUGUGUGUGUGUGUGUGUGUGUGUGUGUGUGUGUGUGUGUGUGUGUGUGUGUGUGUGUGUGUGUGUGUGUGUGUGUGUGUGUGUGUGUGUGUGUGUGUGUGUGUGUGUGUGUGUGUGUGUGUGUGUGUGUGUGUGUUGUGGCAGUGGAACGAAUGGGUCUGUGUGUUUUGUUGCGGUGGUAUGAGUAUGUGUGGUGCUUGAGGUUUACAAAUGGACCGUUAUUAGUCCACUUUAGGGUGAUGACGUACAAUAGGAGAUCUUACUACACGAACUAAUGGACUAAUGUGAUCCUGCUUUUUUGUGUGAACAAUCCAAAA